AUGCUAACAAAUAACAAUGAGAUCCUUGACUAUCUAGAUGACUUGAUCAAAAAAGCUGAAACCGAGAAUGCAAACUUGAAAUCCCAAGUUGGAAAUCAAGGCGCAACUACAAACAAUUCUAUACCAGAUAAAUUAAACUAUAGAAUUGGCAACUCUCGUUAUGAUAGAUCCAUUGCAACUAACGUUGAUUUUGCUAAACUUCUUCAGACAUUAAAGCAAAAUCAAGGUGACCCAGAUAGAGUUGCCUUCGAGUACGAGAAUCGUAAAGUUUGGGUUAGAAAUGAUCAAGAUGUUAAGUUCAUGAUCCAGCAACAUUUCUCUCGUAAUGACGAGUUCCUCAAAUUUAUCGAUACAAAGGACCAAGAAUUCAAUGAAAUUUCAUCCCUUUCUUUAUCAGCCGAAGCCAAGCCUUCUGCUGAUUCGAUUCAUGUUUAUUUUGGACUUCCAAAGUGUGAUUGGUUCAUUUUAUUAAACCUUACACCAAAUCUUCAAUAUACUGCAGCACUAAGCUACUUGGCGAAGAUUAAUCCGAAACAAAAGUCCGUGCAACUAUUGGAUAGCGAUGGAUACGCAAUCCAAUCACCAAACCAAGAUGCUUGGGAAUACUUCUGCGCAGACGCAAUAGAAGGAGCCAAGGUUGGUAGAUACUCAACUAUUAUCUCUGAAUAG